ACGGAUCAGGCGAUGAGGAUGGCGUUGCUGGUUCAAUCGAAUCCAAAUUAUCCGGGCGAUUAUCGGCGGGUCCGGUCGAUUACGAGCAGCAGCUAAAGCUCCUCUGCUGGCAAAAAUACAUUGGAAAAGACGAGGCAAACGGCAUCCACAACAUCUAGACAUGGCAGCGGAGCCGUGAAAUUUUCGUAGUUUGUAGUUUUUGUUGAAUUUCAGGGUCGAACAUUGUAGAGGUGAAGCUUUUUAGCUUCUUUAUCGUGAAUUUUAGCCGAAUACAGUGACUCUGUCCAUGUGUUUGCUGGUUCCAUAUAAACCCCUGGCUAAAACCCCAAGAAACCAUUAAAGACCAAUCCCAUUUCAAUUUUCAGCUUAUCUUCCACAAUUCGAACUCAAUCUCUUCGGAGAUGGAUAUAGGAACUCGUUGCAGACCGAACGAACUUCUCUCCCCGUCGACUUCAUUCGUCCAACGGUCUCAAAAUGUCGUUCUCUUCACUCUGCCAGCCAAGCGUCGAGCUAAGUGCUCACGCCAGAGGACAAAAUUUCGAGUUCUAGGUUCCGCUGAUAGCAAUGGAGCUGACGGGUUUCCUUGGCGAAGUUUCACUAGGUCAGUUCGUCGCGGCUCCGAGAAGUUUUGGUUGAAUUUUGGCGAGUCUAUGAGAAAGGAAACUGGGUUUGAUUUGAAACAUGCUGAUGUGAAGUUGGUUGAAUUUUUUGGGCGGGCUAAUGAGCGGCUAGAGAAUUUGGGAGCUGAGGUGGAGAGGUUUAAGACUGAAAUAUUGCCGGAAUUUGCAAGCUGGAACCGUUGGGAACGCUGGAAGGAUCUCAAGAACUGGGAGCCAAGACGAGUCGGUGCCUUGAUCCUCUAUGCUUUUGUUACGAUUGUUUCUUGUCAAAGAAUUUAUAUGGCAGUUCGAGCUCCGUUUGUAGAUCGCCAAAGAAAACAGCUUACGGAGGCUUAUAUGGAAGCGUUGAUUCCUGAGCCCUCGCCUAACAAUAUAAGAAAGUUUAAGAAAGGUUUAUGGAGGAAGACAACGCCCAAAGGUCUGAAAAUAAAGAAAUUUAUUGAAGGAACUGACGGAACCCUUGUUAAAGAUUCUUCUUAUGUUGGAGAAGAUGCAUGGAGUGAUGAUUUGGAGCCUCUGCAAGAAAAUGUUAAAAAAAUCAUUGACAGUGACGCAAAAUUUAAGGGUGAUGAAAAGGAGAAGAUAAAAGAACAGUUGGGAAUAUCAGGACAGAAAGACGAUGCUACGUGGCGUGAAAGGCUACAAAUGUGGAAGGAGAUCCUUAGAAAAGAGAAAUUAGCUGAAGAUAUAGACUCUCUACGUGCUAAAUAUGUUGUUGAAUUUGACAUGAAAGAGGUUGAAAAGAGUCUUCGUAAGGACGUGGUGGAGAGAAAAACAGAUACUCAAGGAACAAGGGGACUUUGGAUAUCUAAGAGAUGGUGGCGUUAUCGACCUAAACUUCCUUACACAUACUUUCUUGACAAACUUGAUUGCUCUGAGGUUGCUGCUGUUGUCUUCACUGAGGACCUGAAAAGGUUGUACGUAACAAUGAAAGAAGGUUUUCCAUUAGAAUAUAUCGUUGAUAUUCCCCUUGAUCCUCACUUGUUUGAGGCUAUCACUGGUUCUGGGGUUGAAGUUGAUCUCCUUCAGAAGCGCCAGAUCCAUUAUUUCCUCAAAGUUCUGAUUGCAUUGCUGCCUGGAAUAUUGAUCCUGUGGCUUAUUAGGGAGUCUGUUAUGCUUCUAAGUAUUACUUCUAAGCGUUUUCUUUAUAAAAAGUACAAUCAACUUUUUGACAUGGCGUAUGCAGAAAACUUUAUCCUGCCAGUUGGAAAUGUUGGUGAAACAACAUCAAUGCACAAGGAAGUAGUUUUGGGUGGUGAUGUUUGGGAUCUUCUUGAUGAGUUGAUGGUAUAUAUGCAAAAUCCUAUGCAGUACUAUGAAAAAGGGGUGCAGUUUGUGCGGGGUGUUCUCCUUUCUGGACCUCCUGGUACUGGGAAAACACUUUUUGCGAGAACGCUUGCCAAGGAAAGUGGAUUGCCCUUUGUCUUUGCAUCGGGGGCAGAGUUCACAGAUAGUGAAAAAAGUGGUGCGGCAAGGAUCAAUGAGAUGUUUUCUAUUGCAAGAAGAAAUGCUCCAUCAUUUGUUUUUGUGGAUGAAAUUGAUGCUAUUGCUGGAAGGCAUGCGAGAAAAGAUCCAAGAAGAAGGGCAACUUUUGAGGCUUUGAUUGCACAACUUGAUGGCGAGAAGGAAAAAACUGGUGUUGAUCGGUUCUCACUUAGACAAGCCGUGAUAUUCAUCUGUGCUACUAAUAGGCCAGAUGAGUUAGACCUUGAAUUCGUCCGUGCUGGACGUAUUGAUCGUCGUUUGUACAUAGGCUUGCCAGAUGCAAAGCAGAGAGUGCAAAUAUUUGGUGUGCACAGUGCUGGAAAGCAACUUGCGGAGGACGUUGAUUUUAGAAAGCUUGUGUUCCGUACGGUUGGUUUUUCUGGAGCAGAUAUACGGAACCUUGUCAAUGAGGCAGCAAUAAUGUCGGUGAGAAAGGGACGUUCCAAGAUCAACCAGCAAGACAUUGUUGAUGUCCUAGAUAAACAACUGCUUGAGGGAAUGGGGGUACUUCUCACCGAAGAAGAGCAACAGAAAUGUGAAGAAAGAGUUUCUUUUGACAAAAGAAGACUACUGGCUGUACAUGAAGCUGGUCAUAUACUAUUAGCUCACUUGUUUCCUCGUUUUGAUUGGCAUGCCUUUUCUCAGCUUCUACCAGGGGGCAAGGAAACAGCAAUUUCUGUUUUCUUCCCGCGAGAAGACAUGGUUGACCAAGGUUACACAACCUUUGGUUACAUGAAAAUGCAAAUGGUGGUAGCUCAUGGAGGACGCUGCGCCGAACGGCUUAUAUUUGGCAAUGACAUAACUGACGGAGGGAAGGAUGACCUAGAGAAAAUAACGAAGAUUGCUAGGGAGAUGGUCAUUAGUCCUCAAAAUUCAAGACUUGGGCUUACUGCUUUAACCAAGAGAAUUGGGUUGGCGGAUCAACCAGAUAAUCCAGACGGAGAAUUGAUCAGAUACAGGUGGGAUGAUCCACAAGUGAUUCCGGCCAAUAUGACACUCGAAUUGUCUGAGCUGUUUUCCCGGGAGUUGACUAGGUAUAUCGAGGAGACAGAAGAACUGGCCAUGAAUGGUUUGAGGGAGAAUAGGCACAUACUGGAAAUGAUUACUGAAGAACUGCUGGAAAAGUCUAGAAUUACUGGAUUGGAAGUUGAAGAGAAAAUGAAGGGCCUGUCGCCGAUCAUGUUCGAGGACUUCAUCAAGCCAUUCCAGAUAGACUUAGAUGCGGAGGGAGCGCUGCCUCAUAAGGAUAAACUGCGGUUCCAACCACUCGAUGUAUACCCCGCCCCACUGCACAGAUGUUGAAGGGGCUCUAUGUGUUGCUGCUGUAGUUUGGUUUGAUGAUGCUUGUGAAUGCAGUCAAGAGCCAAGGAGGAGCCAAGCAGAGGCCCCUGGCUUAUUCACAAUUGAACCUUUCAAAUGAUUAUAAGGCGCAUCGGCUUCGGCAUAAUAAGAGAAAUAAUUUUGUUGGCUAAAGCAUCAAUAGGUUUAGAUAUAAGAUUUAUGCUUAUUUGUAUUGUAUUCUCUAUUUAUUUAACUAUUCAGAAUAAUGUAAUGGUAAGGUGCCUGCCAUGAGUGCCAUAAAUUCGUUUCAAGUGGAUAAGAUAGUUAUUACUAUUUUUAAAGCUGAUGGUUUGAUUUUGACGGUCAUAGUUCAAGUGGAUAAGACACCUAUUAUUAUUAAGAAGUCGAUGGUCAGAUUUCUAUUCUCACAA